UAGCUUUGCUGCAAAUGCUAUGGUGCCUCCAGCAAACGAAUAGAAUAAUCCAAGCUGACAGUAUUCUUCAGCCGCCCUUCAAGUUGUUGUUCUUGGAGAAAAGUUAACACAAUUUGAUACUGUGCUUCAAUUCAGUGUUACUUAGCUCUUGACUUCCAGGUGAAAAGAGUCAGCCAAAUAACAACAUUUUCAUUUUUUGAUAAGGCCAUUCAAUUAAACAUCUGAAAUUCAGGAGAAUCGGGCGAAAAAUGAAUAAUUUACAACGUGUUUUCCAAAGAGGUCAUAUCCGAGAUAAUAAAACCAGCGCCAUGUUUUGCCAAAAGUACCAUCGGGCCUUGCGCUAUCUUGAUAUAGUACGUCAUGUAAGACGACGUCAAGCGACAACCGGAAAUACGUCUGAGUUCGUAGGCUACGAAAUGUCAUGGUUUCCAAAAAUUUGCAUCUCGCUGAAUAUUCAUGAACAUAAACAGGACGGAAAAUGUUUUAUUAGUUUAAACAGUGAAAAUUGGGUGAUAAACUUCCAAUAUUCUGCACAACAUAUAUUGAGUUCUUCUACCGCUGUGACAUAGUUUUUCUUUUAGUGAUGGAAGGGAUCUGAUAUCAAUGGCGGGAAAAGCUAAAGAAUUGGAAUGUCGCAGAUGACCCAGAAUCAAAAGUCGUUGUCGCACUGAAAAACAUUGCGGCUUUCUUUAGCAACGGAAGAAUCCAGCUGUUAAAAAGUCUUUGCUGGAAUCCAAAGUAUAACGUUCAGUCAGGAUCACAGCCUAUUAAGUUACUUGGCAGCACGGGAGAAUGUCUGGAGACCGUCGCACCCUGUUUUGGCGAUCUGUUGUUUGUUGUUUGCUUUUAUCGUUUGCGCGAGUCGCUCAGAACUUUCCAAAUCAUGGCAGUCAGCUUUUUCUAGGAUUUAAUUAUUGGAAUAAUCGUUACUCCUUGAGCUAUCCCGAUUGGCCCGGAUUUUGGAACAACAACAAUAAUGGAAGAGUACAGUACAAUCGCGAUAAUUCAGAGUUCAAUGUAGAGUCUUGCGGCGGUUGUUCCUGCAGCGACCAAACAGCUACCAUAACCUGUACUGGCCCAACUGUAAACGUUAGGAACAGAGCGGUAGAGAAGCUGAGCACUGAGGACCUUGCAGUCACUAUUGAAGACAUAACAAUUUUCAACUCUGGCUUGGCAUAUAUUGAUGCCACAGCUUUUCACAACUUGACAAGUUUAAAGACAUUAAAUUUGGCUGAAAAUGCACUGACUGACUUUCCAGAUAUUUCAAAGAAUGCUGCACUGGAAGAGCUUGACUUGUAUGCAAAUAAAAUCCAACUGUUUAUCCACAACUUCACCAACUUGCCAAAGGCUUUGGUUAGAAUUAUUCUGAUUGAGAAUGAGAUUGACUGGAUUCCGAAUGAAUGGUUUGAUUUACCCAACCUAGAAUACAUAGCCCUUAGCAAGAACAAGUUAAAGAAGUUCCCUGGUGGAUCUUUCAUAAACUGCCAGUCACUACGAUAUCUGUCUGUGGAUCAGAAUGAGAUUGACAGCCUCACCGUUCCUAACAUGCGACCUUUCGUUGGAAAUGACUCCCAGCUUGUUCACUUGUGAGUUUUCUUUUUUCUUAUUCAGAGGUAUACUAAGUACAGUUGCAGCUGUAUAAAGCAACUACAGAGCAGACUCAGAAUCAAUUUGAAUAACUCAAAAUUAUUUACAAGCGUAGGGUUUAUUUCCUGAAACUGAGUG